AUAUUUGCCCCAGCUGUCUGUCAUGGCAGCAUCCGGCACGACCCGAUCCGUUCCUCCGCCACAGACUCCAACUCCGCCGAUGGCCUGAAGCCCGUGGCCAGCACAGACUCCAUGGCGGCGCCGGCGCCGGCUCCGGCGCCCAAGCACCCCGCCACGCCCCGCGGCCACCACCACCACCCGGCGCGCCACCUCCACGUGGCCCGCUGCUUCCCCGACCCACCACCACCCGCCUCCAAACCGGCGACCAACCCUCUGCUGGCCCUGCUCUCAGCGGUGCCUGACUGGGCCGACGCCGCCCAGGAGCGCCGCCUCCGCGACCGCCGCCCGCUCUACGACCACGCCACCUGGCGCGAGCACCGCAGCUCCCGCCGCCACCUGCGCCACUUCCUCACCUCGCUCUCCUCCCGCGUCAUCCUCUCCCUCGCGCCCCCCGUCUCCGCGUUCACCGCCUUCGCCGCCGCCAUCGCCACCUACAACACGCUCCUCCCGGACCACGCGCUCACCGCGUCCUCGCUCCCCUACCAGCUCACCGCGCCCGCGCUCGCGCUUCUCCUCGUGUUCCGCACCGAGGCAUCCUACGCGCGCUUCGACGAGGGCCGGAAGGCCUGGAUGCGCGUGCUCGCCGGCGCCGCGGACCUCGCGGGGAUGGUAAUGCAUCCUUCACCUCCUCCUGCUGCAGCCGCCGACGACGAGCCGCUCAGGCGCGCGCUCCUCAACUACAUCCUCGCCUUCCCCGUCGCGCUCAAGUGUCACAUACUUUGCGACUCCGACGUGAAAACGGACCUUGAGGGCUUGCUCGCCGAAGAUGACCUCAAUGUUGUUCUGGCAUCCAAACACCGACCCCGUUGCAUCAUUGAGUUCAUCUCACAAAGUCUUCAGAUGCUAGAUCUCGACCAACAGAAGCGGGGCAUCAUGGAGUCUAAACUGUCUUGUUUUCUUGAAGGAAUCGGCGUGUGCGAACAGCUCAUUGGGAUUCCUAUUCCUGUGUCAUACACCAGACUCACUUCCAGAUUCCUUGUUCUCUGGCACCUUACGCUCCCAGUGAUACUCUGGGCUGAAUGCAAAUGGAUUGUUGUCCCAGCUACCUUUAUCAGUGCUGCGUCACUCUUCUGCAUUGAGGAAGUUGGUGUUCUUAUUGAGGAGCCGUUCCCCAUGCUAGCUCUUGAUGCUCUAUGCAAGCAGCUCCAUGACGGCAUCAAGGAUGUGAUAGCGGUGCAGAGCUCGGUUCACACACGGCUAGUUGGCAAGGCCAAGGGCCGUGGGGGCAGCCGGCGCACAGACAAUGGGUGGCCUAGCUCCAAAAGAGAAGAAGCCAAGAUUGAUUGAGCACGCAGAUCAGCUGUGAAUUACUACUGAAUUGGGUGACAACACUGCAAGCAAUCGAGGCAAUCCGAUGAUACCAAUGCCCCAGUUUCUUCCUGGUACCGUAUGUCUACAUCACUACCUCCUGUAUAUGUACAAUAAUCCACUCAUGAGUGUAUGGUUUUCUUGGGGGAAAAUCUGGGACUGGUCUUGAGAUGAGAUGAGCUGGGCUGAAUUAGAAUGAAGUGAGGAACUGCUGCAGUGUAGUGUGGUUCUGUGAGUAGAGCAGAUUAUUCUGUCUGUAUAUCCUACCUGUGUACAUAGAUAGUAUGAUAUGUUUAUAUUAACCUGAUAUAUGUGAUUACCAAUCUCUUACUUGAAACAACGUACUAUGUAUCAUAUCAUA